AUGUCCAACUUAUCCACAAAGGACUCUAAUUUAGAGCUCGAAGAGACUUCAGAUCUCUCGUCUCUCGAUGCAGACACCUUCUUAAAAAAGGAUAUCGACUAUGAAAACUCACACGAUAUCAAUUAUCGAAAUUGUUCAUGGAAGAAAACAGCAGGACUUUUAUUUAGUGAAUAUAUUUGUCUUGCAAUCAUGUCGUUUCCCUGGUCAUAUUCAGUCUUGGGUCUAGGGUUGGGAUUAAUUGUAACCGUUAUUGUGUCCCUACUUUGCCUUUAUACUGGGUUGAUCAUUAGUGACUACUGUGCAGCAUAUCCUCAUUUGACAAAUGUGUGUGAUAUCGGGCAGCAUUUGGUAUUUGGUUCCAAGUGGGUAUGGUACGCAACUGCAGUGGCGUUUUUGUUGAAUAACACUUUGAUUCAAGCUUUGCAUGUCUUAGUUGGAGCCAAAUAUUUCAAUACAAUAAGCGACAAUCAAACCAUAUGUUCCAUUGUAUUUGGUGUUGUCUCUGCGGUUGCAUGCUUUGUGUUUUCGUUACCAAGAACAUUCAGUCACAUGUCGAGUGUUGGGUACUUCUCAGCACUUACCAUGUUUAUUGCCGUUAUCUUAGCCAUGGUCUUUGCAGGCAUUCAAACCCAUCCAUUUGGAUAUGAAGACAGCACGCCAGUUGUAUGGCAUGCUUGGCCAAAAAAGGACGAAAAAUAUGUAAACAUCAUGUCUGCAGUUUUGAAUAUCGUUUAUACAUUUGUCGGGCAAAUUACAUACCCUUCAUUCAUUUCCCAGAUGAAAAAACCUCGCGAUUUUCGUAAAGCUUUAGUCGUGGUGACCAUUUGCGAAUUGAUCGUUUUUGCAUUGACCGGUUCCAUCGUUUACGUUUAUGUUGGAAACGCUUAUAUAACCGCCCCGGCAUUUGGUUCAUUGGUUGGUAACUUCAAAAAGAUUGCAUUCAGUUUUGCAUUACCAACAAUUGUGUUUCUUGGGGCAUUAUACAGCAAUGUAUCUUCCCAGUUUUUGUUUCAGCAAAUCUUUAAUAAAUCUAGCGUCCACAGAAAUAGCCAUACAGUCAAGGGCUGGGGUAUUUGGAUUCUAUUGAAUGCUGUACUAUGGGUCAUUGCAUUUGUUAUAGCUGAGGUUAUCCCAUUCUUUAGUGAUUUGUUGAGCUUGAUGAGUUCAUUGUUUGACUGCUUUUUUGGUUUUAUCUUCUGGGCAUUAGCGUAUUUCAAGUUGAGAAAACUAUACUAUUACAAAUUAGAAGGAGUAAAUGUUGGUUUGUUGAGUUUGUUCAAAAAAUCAAAUCUUUUUCAAAAGGGUGAAUUUUUGCUCAAUGUGUUGAUUUUCGGAUUAGGGUUCUAUAUUUUGGGUCCGGGGCUAUAUGCAACUAUCCAGAGUAUUAUUUGGUCCUACCAGGCAGAUGCAUACGGUAAACCAUUUAGUUGUAAAAGUAAUGCUCUAUAA